CACCACCACCACCGUGUGCCCUGCCGUGCGCCCGCUACGCCAAUGCCAUUCCGCCGCUCCAUCGCCACGAGGGACUCGCCGCCGCCGCCGCCGCCGCCACUGCCGGCACAACCGCAAUGUCCCUCCUUUCCUCGCUGCCCAACCUUGGCCUCGGCUACUCCAUCGCCAUCGCGCUCGGCUUCCUCGUCCUGCUCGCCUCGCUCCUGCUCGCCUCCUACCUGUGCUUCCGCCGCGGCGGCGGGGACUACUGGGCCGGGGAGGCCGCCACCACGGCCUCCAGCUCCGGCCACCUCUCCAUCACCGUCCCGCGCGUGCUCUUCGUCGCGGAGGGCUCCGAGUCCCCCGACGCCGCCGCCGCCGCGUCCUGCUCCCCCGUCGGGCUUGACCAGGCCGCCAUCGCGUCCUACCCCAAGGUCCCGUUCUCCAGCCGGGCCGCCGAGGCCGACGCCAUGUGCUCCAUCUGCCUCAGCGAGUACAGGGACGGCGAGAUGCUGCGCGUGAUGCCCGAGUGCAGGCACGGGUUCCACGUCGCCUGCCUCGACUCCUGGCUGCGGCGGAGCGGCUCGUGCCCCGUCUGCAGGUCCUCGCCCAUCCCGACGCCCACCGCCACGCCGCUCGCGACCCCGCUCUCGGAGCUCGUCCCGCUCUCGCACUACGCCGCUGACCGGAGGCGCAGGUGAUGGACAUUGCCAAAUCGGCGUACACGGUGCUUGUCACUGCAUUCCUCUACUUUUUUUCUUCAUCUUUUUACGUUCGAGGAUGUGGAGUUGUGGGUUGCUUUACUGCGGGGUUGUUUUAGGAUAUCUAGAGAAUUGUUUGAAGUCACAAUGAUCAUGAUUAGAUUUUGUAAUGUAGAAGUACAUUAUUGGAGCAGGGGAUAGUGUAAAUAACAAUACAGAUUGCUGGUUUCUGUGGGUAACCUUCUGGUAAUUUGUACUUUGUGUUACUCUGAAACUAUGGGCAGAUGGAAUGUAGAGAAUUGGUGUAUGAUGGCUACUUGUGCCACCGAAUGGAACGCAUAACUAUUACGGAGUAGUUGUUUUCUUCAUCCCUUGCUGCAUUGGGGACUCGGAAGAACCUUUGCAUUUACCUGAUCCCAUCACACUUGCAUUUCGUAUUGGAUUUUUGUAUGUUAAGUACCCAAGCUAAGCGACAGAUCUUGUAUGAACCUUUGUCAGUAUAGGAAUUUCCUGGGUCCAGGAGACUUUUACCUCCGGAUGGUUGGUGAGCAGGACCAUCAAUGCCCAUGAGUUAAACGAAUAUUAAUUUGUCUUUUAUCUUCGUUGGCAUGGGGACAUGCGGAGUAUUUGUUUAGAUUGACCGAUUUACUUUAAGAUAUGCUAAUUUUACGGUUGUAAUUUUAGCACUAAUGUCAGGGUUACUUACUCUGGCUCUGUGCACCUCUGGGUAAUCAUCACAGUCAACAUACGGAGUAGUUGCUAAACAUACAUGGUACUGGAUCUUGGAGGGGGCUAAUUCAAGGUUAAUAUACUUAUGCAGAAAAUUGGAUCCAACCUACUGUUUUGCUCCUAUUUGAGAAUUCCACUCAUUUUGUUCGCAAUGACAUACAUGGUUCUUCAAGCACACCAUAUAUAUCAAAACCACACUCAUAUUGUUGUAGAUAUUUACCUAUGGAGUACUAGAACUGUGUUUGAUUUUUCUUCCCGUGCCAUAAUGACUGAAAAUAAUCUUUUUGGGUACACAUUCAAUUUCGCCGCACAAUUUCCCUGUCGCAUAUUGUACAUCUGUUGGCAAGUCAGUGUGUCGUGGUCGUGGUACCAUUUGAUGUUGCUUGUGGGCUUGGGGUGUACUCUAACUGGGUCCACAUAAGAGUAGUACUUCACUGAGGUAUUUGAAAAGGCUGAUAUCUUAAUGUAAGAGCAAUGUUAUAGUAGUUAGUUCUUCAUCAUUAACAUAUGGCUCAGUUGUCUAUCUCACAAAAUUCUUGUGUCGAAGCCGGCUGCAAACUUACAAGCUGCUUCUCCUCUGCUUCUUCUUUUUCCUCCACCUCAACAUUCAGCCUGCUUAUAGUUUUUUUAUAAUACUUGCUCUAAGGGCCUAGAAACUAGGACUGCAAAGGCAAGCAAAGCAUUACUCAUUACUUGCACUAUCAGUAAUUUUAAUACAUUUCCCUAGUCUACCGACCUGCAAAAGUUUUUAACAAGGCGGCCCUUGCUCCCUUUUUGUCUUAUGUCAUUAUAAUGGAUUUGUCUUUAGUUACUCCUGGCAGCAAAAAAUUGGAAUUCUGUUGAACAUGAUGCCUUUUUUUUAGGGCAAGAUGGUACCAGUCGAUAAUUGAUGCCUGGGAAGUUCUGAGUUCAACUUUUAUGAUAAUUUGGAAAUGAAUUCUCUGAUGCACUUUCCUUCUGAUCCUUGCGGGUGUAUGGUUAAUGCACUUGUUGACUGAUUGUCUGCUUUUGGUUUAGUUUUGCAACAAGACUAGCGGCUUCGCUUUCGAAUUUGCAAAUAUCUGUUGUGACUAAACUCCUGAAUUUACAAUCCAUGUAUUGUUUCUUUUCAUGCCUUGCAUACCCUUUCGAUCUCCCACUGUGAGCACAAGAAGUAUUAAUAUUGUUUUCGGCAUGUUUUAGAGCCUAAAGAUUUGGCGAUUCCCGUGCUUGUACUGGAAAAUAAGUUGAUCUUAUAUGACUUUAAAUGUUAAGAAAUUGUGUGCUACCAUUAUAACUCGAUAAGCAGGGUUGCAGGAGCAGACCAGAAAAGGUGAAAACUGAAAACAGUGGCAAGUCCAGACUGAAGCACUUGCUAAUGACCUGCCGAGUGAACAGCCACUUGCACAGCAACGAGCUGAUAAUCGCCGUGGCUGGCGCGACUUGGCUGAAGACCGUCGCAGUCUCAGUCAUUGGAGCGAAAGCGAAGAGCAAAGCGAGGAAUAGUGGAUGAUGGAGAGCAGGAAGCUGACAUUAUCACGACGGAGAAAUGGCGAGCAGUAUGAGGAUGCAGGCGACCGAGCGUACAGGCGUACGGUGUACGACAUGCAUGAGUUCAUGACAGAACUGUCUACCUCCGGAAUACGCGUCUUCAUCCAUCAUGCACCAUGAGGGCAGGUGAGCAGGAGCAGCAGUGAGGACGGUGCUGGCGACUGGCGGGCACGGGCACUGGUACGGGCACGGGCAUGCGCACAUGGUCAUGGACGGACACCGGUAAGGAGGUUACGGUGCACAGUACUACCAUUUAGUAGUAUGUACAGUAUAGAAAAGAUCUAACCGUUUAUUGGAAAGGAUAGGAUUAUCAUUUGUAGCUUAAUAUAAAUUAGUCCCAAUCUUCUCUCCGUGUCCCCUCUCCCCUCCCAGGCCGCCGCCCCGGCCCUCGUGCAUCUCCCGACUCCCGAGCGAGCUCGCCUGCUCGCCUUCUAGGCCGUCGCCCGUCCUCGCAGGUACCGCGUGCCUCCUCCCUUCAAGGCUGUCGGCCCUAUCGUGCGUGCUCCAUUUGUGUCGGCGCCCCCUAACCGGCGGCCUCCUGCUCCCCGUGCCCACCUGCAUCGGCGGUCCUCGUCGGCGCCGGUGCGAGGAUCGGGUUCCCGCCCUUGGACAGACGUCGCCGGCGCCACUGCGGGCAUCGCCUUCCCUUGCUUCAAUUCGCGCGUCACCGCGGGAGCCGCUGGGCGCCGUCGGCCCUUGCCUCGUGCGGCGCCGGUGCUGCCCCCCCCCCCCCCCCCCCCCCCCUGACUUGCGCUGCCCCUCGCGUCCCCGGGCCGCAUACUGCCGACCACCAGGCGGCAGGCGCGACACCCCGGCCGUGACCCCAGGCCACGCACGAACGUCACCGCGCGGGCAACCAUGUGCAUCGGCGCAAACUUGCCGUGGCCCAGGUAAUAGUCCGCAUCUUUGAUUCCUUACGUACUUCAGCCUGAGUACGUAUGUGAUUCCAGUUAGUUCAGAUAAUAGUAUGAACAGGCCUUAGGACACAAUUUUUAAUUUGCAGAUAAGAACAUGUAUGGUGCACAGAUUUAGUUUUAGUUUCUUUUGUAUUUGGUAAGUCAAAUCAACAUUUUCUACUGUAUUGUUGCACUUCAUCAUUUCUGUAAGAGGUAGCCAGCCAUUCUCACUUGGUCAUAUUGCUACUCAUAUAUGCACCUGAAAUUGUUGCACUUGUAUUUUUUGCGAAGAAACAUUUGAUCCUUUCAAUCUUGACAGACAACAUGAAUAUUUCAUCGCUAGUUUGUUGCCUACAUGCUUUCAGGAUCAUGCAUGAACAAGAACAAAUCUCAAUCUCCCUGCUUGUGCACUAAUAAAAUACUUAACUAUGAAAAUGCAUGUCCUUCUGACUGCUGCUUAUAUUUUAUUCGCUGCUGUAUUCUAUAGAAACUGGAUUGCCCACUUUGCUGAAAUUCUACUCUUUUUGUAUAUGUCUCACUACUUCAAUUCUGGCAUCACAGAUUCGAUUGCAUUCCAUCAGUUCUUGGUUGGUGAUGACAAGAUCAGCAGGGAUGCAGGCAGGGGAUCACUCCAUUUAGGCAGUAGCAGUAGUAUUAUAAGUAGCAGUAGAAUAAUAAAGACUCAAGGCUUCUUGCAUUUUAAAAGUGUAACAUCUGAUCAAUUUUAAAGAAAACCGUGAUGUUUUACCAUGUCAUAAGUGUGCCAAAUAAUUCUGAGCAGACGACACACCCAAAUAUUUCCUAGCGAGGCUUCUAUGCCCUUAGAAACUUGUAAUUCUAUCAUUACUUUGUUUUUCUGAAUGUUGUUUCCUCCUGAUGUAAAGUCAGUAAACUGACAGACGGUCCUAUGCUGCAAA